ACUUUAAAUGUAAAAGAAAAUUUCUGACAAAUUUUUAAAAAAGAACUAUUAAAAUUUAUUAGCUUUACUGUUUUGCUUACUUCAUCUUCGCAUCUAUGUCUCUUUAUGCAUACUCUUUUUUUUUUAUACUUUGUUCAUAAAAAGCGUGGAAUACACAUCACGUAGUAAAAUCAUGUUCAAUCAUCAUGUCAAAUCAUCAAAAAUGUAUUUAAAUACUACUUAUAUUUUGAUGAUACGUAUUUAUCGCAAUAUAAGAUCCAUUUACUAAAUUGCGAUCUAAUUUCUUUUUAACUAAUUUGUCACGCGCUAACUUAUCAACUUUCAAGAACGUUAAACUAUCAAAUUAAGCAGGUCUAUCAUAAUUAUAUUGUAAGCACCUGGACUUUAUAUUUCAUAAAAUUUUAGAAUCUACGUAGAAGAAAUAGUAUUGGAGAGAUAUUAAUUCCCUUUCAAAGGGGUAAUGUUAAAAUUUAGGUGGAAAACAGAUCGCGAAUGAAACGCUGCGUUAACGCAACAUUAGCCGUCAGAGGCCAACACAAAAUUUUAUACAAAGCGAAAGUAUACUUUUCCAUUCGAUUAAACUCGAAAGACACCAUUCCUAUAUUUUUCAAAUAAUUUGUUAUUCAUUAAUUCCUAACUUUGAACUCCUAAAAACAAUAAUCAGGUCCGGCAUUUUCCCAAAAUAGAGAUGGAUAAAGAACGACACGCAGCGAUGAUGACGCAUGUUGGGUGAACGAUAUAUGUAUGGAUAGGAUAGCUAUGGGCGAAUGCCUAUGCACAUACAGGGACGUGCGUUUAACGAAAAAUAUCUGCUAAAACAACAAAUUCUAUCGGUCUCGAGAAGUCCGUUAUAGAGUUACCGCGUAGAACUGGAGAUUCCUCAACGAGAAAAACAAAUACAUACAUACUUGGCAAAUUGGCAACAGUUUAACUGACGGGCAACCGAAUCGAAUGCUGGCGGCGAGCCACUGCAAAAGUAAAUGGGUUUCGCUUCCAAAGAACACGACUCUCCUCCGCAAAGAGCUUUCGUUCCAUCUGUCAGCUUGUGUCCCGCGAUUCGCGCUCACUCGCAAAUCACUGUUCUUAAGGAACGUAAAAUUCAGUCACAACCGGGAUAAUAGAUGCUGGCACUAAUGAGCACUGCAAAGCCUGAUUUCUUAGACAUCGACAAUGAUAAGUUCAAAUCCAUCAUGAAAAUAUCAAACAAAGACUCGAUCGAACAAAAGAAGGAUCGUUCCGGAAGCGAUGAGGACUCUUCGAAAACUUUGCAACUUCUACGAAUUAAGGGAUUUCCUCGAUUGUUACCCGAAGGAAUUAAGGCGUUGGUUAAUUAUUGUCGAUACCUGCAAGAGUUGUCACUGUCCUAUUCAUUGCUUAGCGACGAGUUACUAUUAGCUUUGAGUUCUGAAAAACAGGUGCAAUUGGAAACCCUGCGAUUGGAAGUGCAUCCAGAGACAAAACCACUUCCGCGAGUCAGCGAUAAAGCUUGGUUUACUUUUUCCAGUCAUUUGCCCAACAUAAAUCUUAUACUAUUGUCCUAUAUGACGAGCGAAGACGAUCAGAGUCCAUUAUUUGCACCGUACGUUCCUAUAACGCACCUAUACUUUGGGGAAGCGCCGUCGGAAGCAACUGUGUUACGUAUUGGCUAUCAGUGCCCCCGGUUGAUUGAGCUAGUAAUUGCAGCUUAUGGACCCGGUUUACUCGAUCACGUAUUACUCUCUGUCGCUCAAAGAUGUCCAUGCCUAAGCGCCGUGGGUUUGGGUGAUUGUGAAAUCACUUGCUCAGGAUUGUUGGAAUUUGUUACGCUCUGUGCAAAACGUUUACGAAUACUGUACGUUUGGGAAACGUCAUUGAUAGAGGAUUCCGAACUUGACGUCGCAAAAGUAUCAAAGAAUGUCUCAUUGCUCCUUGGUCGUACUUGGGUACCUGAAUAUAUACCAUUAUGUUGAGACUUAAUGACCGAUGCAAUUUAUUACGAUGCAAAUACACUUAGUGGCCGACAAUAGUUUGCGCAUGUACCAAAAAUGUUUCCAAUAAUCUUAGGAUUGAUGUUCACAAAUAUGCCUUUCCGAAGACCGCAAUGUUAAUGAUUAAGAUAAAAAGAUGUCCACACUUUUUGACACAUGAACGAUCCAACACGUUACCGAUUGAUCACAUGCGAUCCAUACAUACAAAAAACAAUACCGAAAAAAAUCUCGUAUUGUAAAAAUUGCUCGUGUCUGUUAAUACCAAAAAUAUAAACUUUAUUAGAUUAUAAUGGUAUCUCUUGCGUGUAGUGUAUAUAAAAUAAAAUAAUACCACUACAUAUUUAGCAAUCGUCACGCAUGAUAGAUAUGUAUAAUAUAUAAUAAUUAAUAUAGUCUAUAAUGUUAUUGUAAUACAACAGAGUAUGUACAUUAUUUCUACAUUAUAACACAAUAAAUCAUUGGGUAUACGAUA